AUGGGCUGGUCAUAUAAUGAGGAGGACAGACGACAAAUGGACACUAAGAACUCUGGAAUCGAUUUCUCGCGGAACAAAACGUGCUCGAGGGAUGCCACUGACUGGGCUGGCGUGUUCGUUGCACUGAUGGACCAGCUGAAUUCUCAGCUGUUAAUGAGUAAUGGAUCUGGACCUCAACCUGAACGUAGCCGCCGCAGUUCAAUAUUGAUAUCGUGGAUGACGCUAGCGAGAGACAGAAGCGAAAGGAAACAAUGCUAUGGCCUGCACGACGAGUGA